AGCAAUUAGAUCCCAAAACUCAAGAUUCAUUCAUUUAAGUCCAAAGAGGCGCCCUUCUUCUUGCAAUUUAGUCUCUCAACUUUCAAAAGAUGUUUAAUUAAUCCCACAAACUCCUAUUUUUAUGCAUUCAAGUUCUUUUCUGCACAAUGAAUGAAAGCCAUGUAAAAUCUCAUAAAACUCAUCCAAAUAUCAAUAAUAUCAAGAUAAAAAUUCACAUUAAUAUAUAUAAAUUUAGCUCAUCACUCGCCACUAAGCUGCCUCUUCAAAUCAUCAAUGAUUAACAUGCUUUUGGCAGCAAUAAGCAUGUCAUCAACAUACAACAACAUAAACCCAAGAAUCAUCUCCAAGCCUUUUAUGAUAGACGCAACUAUCACACUCUUAACCAUGAAGUUGUCAAAUCGUUUGUACCAUUGUUAAGGUGACUACUUUAAUCCAUAUAAGGAUUUCUGGAGCAAACAAACAUGAUCUUUUCCUAAAACUAUGAAUCCCUCUGGCUAAGACAUAUAAAUUCGUUCCUCCAACUCACCAUGUAAGAAAGCAGUCUUUACAUCAAGCUGCUCCAACUCAAGAUCAUAUAAAGUAACCAUGGCAAGUAAAACAUGAAUAGAGCUGUGUUUUACCACAGGAGAGAACACCUCAUAAAAAUCAAUACCCUCUCGUUGUGUGAAACUCUUCACAACCAAUCUAGCCUUGAAUCUGGUGUCUCUACCCCUGGGAUUCCUUCUUUUCUCCUGAAGACCCAUUUGCAUCCAACAAUUCUUUGUCCCUUUGGUGGCUUCACAAGCUUCCAUGUCUAGUUCUUAUGUAGAGACUCAAUCUCCUCUGUCAUGGCAGUAAGCUAAUAAGGAGAUUCUUUACUGGUAAUUGCUUCCCGAUAAGUGUUGGGAUCCUCAGCCUCCACUGGUUCUGUAAUUGAUAGAGCAUAGGCAACAUAAUCUGUAUAGCCAUAUCUCUGAGGCGGUUUGGUCUCCCUCCUCUAUCUACUAGUAGCAAUAUUUUACUGUUGUUGUGUUUGUUCAGUGCCUCCACCUCCAUUGGAGUAUCUAUUAGCUUUGGAUCUUGCACCACAUCUAGAUUCUCUUGGACAAUAUUGUCAUCUCGCACUGCCUUUUCUGGAGUUGUUGCUUCAAACUCCACCUGCUUGCUAACUCCUUUUUUGCAAUAUUGAAAAAUACGAGACACUCAAAAAACACACUCAACAAAGUAAUUUUAACCACUCUGCUCUUACUCACCCUCACCUAAAGCACUCACAAAACUCUUGUAUUUUCUAGAGCUCACUUUGCUUUGGAUUGGUCUCUUGGUUGCUUUGCCGAAUGGCCAAAUGGCUUUUAUAGCCAAAAAUCCACCACCCAAAAUUAAUGAAAUGAGCUGCAAGAUCAAAAUUCAACGAUGCACAAUAAAUGCAAUGGCCUUCAAAAUCUUAACCUUUAAUUUCAUGGAUACAUGCAGAAGCAAAAUCCAUUUAUGUCAAGAUCUUCGGCUGCACCAUCUUGCCAAAUAACCACACUUUCAACUCUGCACUUUGCAUGCAUUUUCAACGCCUUUUUUACUGCCACAAGAUUUCUUAUGCAACGAAAUUUUAAAGGCUGAAAUUUGCAUGCUUUUUCAACCAUCAUGCAGAACCCACAUGCAGCAACAAAGGGUAAGUGAUGAACAUACUUGUAACAACUCUAUGCACUAAAAUAUCCUUCGGGGAAGUAAAAUUUCAAUCCUCCC